AUGAAUGGCAGAACAAGAAGCGGCGACACGACACCAACAUUCGGAGUCAAAGAUGUGGUCGAUCAGAGCGACCAGCGCGAUCAAAUUCGUGGUCAAAGCGAGAUGAUCACGAUUUCACAACGAACAAAAGGAUUGAUUUAUGACGAUGAAAUGUUCAAGUAUAAGAAGGAUAAAGGACUAAAGAGCGAAAAAGUAUCUUACAUGUGCACAAAAGCGGGCUGCGAAGGCCGGGCGCAC